GCUGUUGGGGGCUGUCUUUAAAAACAAAUCCUUCAGAGCUUUUCUUUUUCCAAUUUUUAAGUUUACAGAUGAAAAUGAUGCUGUCAUGACCCCGAAACAUGAAAAGGAGGAGACUUUGAUGAACAAAGGUUUAGUCUCAGUGGAUGAUAAACCGAAACUGCGCGCUGAUACUCCAGAAACAAAACAGAACUCUUCACCACUUAACUCGGAAAGUCUAUCAGCAGAUGAUUUAAGUACAUGCCCAGGCCAGAAAGAACGGUUUGUGAAGCAUGAAUGUGAUGUUGCUGUUCCUUUUUUAAAGCCUUCUCAAAGUACCUGUGCCAAGAAAACAAUAGAAAAACUGAUGGCUCAGUUAAGAGAGAUUCUUCUUUAUUUCCAUCCUCACUCUAAGGUCUCCAAGGACCUUGACUACAAGUCUCUGGAGGAACUUAUGGCAUUUUUUGAGAUCUGGAGUGUUUAUAUGGUCCAGUAUGAAAAGAAAAUAAGAAGGAAAAUGCAAUCCUUAACUCAGCAGGCAAACAAGACAGCAAUGAAUAAUGAAGCUCAUCAUAAACAAUGUGAAAAACAAAUACAAAUUACUGAAAAUAAACUGAAAAGCCUGAGGGUUAAAGUGGCAACAUUGCUGAGUAACUGGAAUAUGAGUACUCCUUCAGAUGACUUGGAGCACAUUGACAGUUACAUAGAAGCUUUGCUGAAUGAAGAAAAUAUUUUCCUACCUGACACUUUAAAACUAGCGGCAACAAAGUCAGGACAAGCUCUCCCUUCCUAUGAAGAGUAAAAAUAAGUGCCUUAUAAACCACCUGCUUUUCAAAACUGUUAAUGAGGUGUGGCUUCAUAAUUUUUUUUAUUAUUGAAAAAGGAUGGGCAGUUUGGAUACUGAUUUUAUCUGUGCUCUAGAAAAAGGGUAAAGCCUGUCACUGAGACAGAAAGAAAAAAUCAACAACCAAAAAAAGGAUUUUCCUAUGUCACUGUCUUUAGAAAGCGCCUUUGCCUUCUUUGACUCCCAUGUGAAGGGCAGUGAACAAUGAAAAUUUAUGCAGGUUUAAGUUUUGGUUUUGUCAAAGAAAUGUAAAGACUUGAAAAGGGUAGCUUUCAAAAAUAAAAUUUGAAGAGCUAGACCAUUCCAUUUUGCACUUUUCCCUUUGAGACUCCUACUAUGCAAACGUGCCUAGUGGGGAAAUCUGACCUCCCUUCACUAAGGCCAGUUCCAUUUUGAAGCAGAUAAUAUAAAUCCUAACUUUUGAGCCUUAAAAUAGCCUGUCAGUUAUAUUAAGAAAAAUAUCCUUUAGAGCUAUGUCAUAGAGAAGAGAAAGAAAUAACUUAGAU